UCCUCAUCUUUCCACCACAAGUCUUAUCCAUUCAUUUCAUCCAUCCAGCACGCGCACUUCCUUUGGAGUCUCUGCCUGAAGAUGGCAAGCCUUCAGUUAACAACAACACCCUUCACUCUUUUGAGACAACAAAGGCAGCACCCCACAAAGAAGAAGUCCACUGCUUCUCAGCUGAACCCUCCUCGGCCACGUCCCCUCAGAGUGAGUGUGAGGUCCUAUAAAGUGGUGAUUGAGCACGAUGGAGAGUCCACUGAGGUGGAGGUUGAACCUGACGAGACCAUUCUGUCAAAGGCAUUGGACUCUGGCUUGUCUGUGCCUCAUGAUUGCAAGCUUGGAGUCUGCAUGACAUGCCCUGCUCGCCUCAUUAGUGGAUCUGUUGAUCAGAGUGAUGGAAUGCUAAGUGAUGAUGUGGUGGAGCGUGGCUAUGCUCUCUUGUGUGCAGCCUACCCUCAAUCCGAUUGUCAUAUUAAGAUUAUCCCCGAGGAUGAGCUAUUGUCUUUGCAGUUAGCCACAGCCAAUGACUAGUCUGUUUUUGAGUUUUGAAUCUAGUGUAAUUAAUUCCAUGCUGCUGCUGAGUCUUUGCUUGUUUCUUAAAAAUAUUUGCUGAUGUCGCUCUGGUUUUAUAUAUACUACUUCUGUUACUAUUAUGUAGCAUUUUAUUGAUGCUUGAAAUACAACAUUUGACUCAAAUUAGAAUA